AUGAGUGCGCUCAAGAACGUGGUCGAGCCCGCUUCCGUAGUACUUGCCUUCACCGCCGGUUCUCUGAUUAACAGACGCCGCUCUAUCCGUGCCGGCGACAGCGAGCUCCACGCACCAUUACUCCCGCGCCGUGCCGCCUCUCCGGACAGCAAUGCGCGCUUCCGCAACAACAUAACCUCACGUUUUCUAGCCAAAUUCCCCUUCUUAAUAGAAAUCUGGUACUGGAAUCUUACCUACUGGGUGUACCAACUCGCUCGCGCCCUAACGGCAACUAUUAUCCGCAACAAUGAAGCCGUCUUCGCUCGCGCCGAAGCCCACGCUCUCGCCAUUCUCUCCUUCGAGAAGCGCCUCCACUUCGCCAUCGAGCUUCCCAUUCAGAAAUACAUCCUGAACCACAUGCCAUGGCUCAUGCCCAUUCUUGCCAAAAUCUACUAUUCCCACAUCACCGUGGGCGUCAUCUUCCUCGUCUACAUCUACACCUACCUCCCACCCCCCCUCUUCCGCACCAUCCGCCGCACCAUCGCCGCCAACAACGCCAUCGCCUUCCUCAUCCUCACCCUCUACCGCUGCUCGCCGCCCCGCCUCCUCCCACCCUCCUACGGCUUCACCGACAUCCUGCAUCCCCCCACCGGCGACAGCGGGUCGGCGUGGACGCACAACCGCUUCCAGCUCACCAUCGCGGCGAUGCCGUCGCUGCACUUUGGCACCGCGCUGUUUUUAGCCGUCUGCACGACGCGCUUCGCGCCGCACCGCGUCCUCCGCGUGCUCGCGCCGCUGUGGCCGGCGGCGAUGCUGCUGACGGUGCUGGCGACGGCGAAUCAUUUUGUUUGCGAUGCGCUGGUCGGCGCGCUCAUCCCGGCGGUGGGGUGGAGGGUGAAUCGGUGGGUGUGUGCGAUCGGCGCGCCGGUCGAGGAGGUUGGGUUGUGGGCGUGUAGGACGGAGAAGCCGGCGCCGGCGCCGUGGGGGUGGGAGAGGAGGAGGGUGAGGGAGGUGGAAGAGGGGGAGGACGAGGAGGAGGCGUGGAAGGAUGGGGAGGGGGAGGCUUAG